UUAACCUUUGCUUCAUAAUUUAAUGGUGUUUGGUGUGAUCAUAUAUAUGCUUUAUCAUUAUUUAAGACAUAAAAUCAUCCCUCCCUGUAUCUUGAACUUAUGAUCUUGAGUAUAUUCGGAACCACUAGCUAUGUUAAUAACACUAAAUUUUUAAGAAAUAAAAUUACUUGUAGAGUCACAUUAAAACCAGAUACUCGCAUUUGCUAAUAUAAUGAAUGUGUUUGUGAGUCAGUGUUAAUUACUUGUAGAGCCAAAUUAAGAUGGUGAGAACGGUCACACCCGAGGUGCCUCCGACCAUCAAACCGGAAGCAAGAACAGUGGCGGUAAUACCGGCCGGUACGAGAAUCGGGCUGAAUAGGAGGAACAGCGGCAUGGAGGCUGCCACGGCUGUGCCAACUAGGGAUAGACCGGCCAGUAACAAGAGGAACACUGCGGCUGUGGUGGCGAAAAAAGCCGUCAUAAGACCCUUAAGCGUCGGCCUUUUGGUUCGUACUAUUACUUUCUCGCGUUUUUUCUUUCGGAACAACAUUUUUAAUGGCCAGAGGAAAAUUAUAAUACUUGUUUUAUCGGAUGGUUGUGGGAUCUCAUGA